CAUACCCACUUGCAGUCGAUUUUCCGUCCGUGUGCCAGCAGCUAUUUUCACCACAGUUUUCCAAUGUUGUCGCUCUAGAAGGGAGCACGCAUUCCGAUCGUUGUGGAUCAUUUCUUUUUUAUCCCCCCAUCACGAAAUAAUAGUACGCGUGUCGUGUGUAUGUGUGUUGCACAGGAAAAACUGUUGUGGCUCAAACAACAAAACCCCGUGCAACAAUCGGUACACGGACGGGAUAUAAGCUAGUGCCGUGCAGUGAAGCGCAGAGUAAAAAUUUGCAUAAAACGCGGCAUUAACUUGUGUGUUGUGCAGUGAAAGAGAGACGCGUAGUUGUGGUUGUGCCUGUGUCUGUAUCCAACUUUUGCACCCCUGUUACGUACGACGCUGCAUGCCUCGAGUAGUAAAAGUGAAACCACCACCCUGCUCUACUACCGGAAGUGCUACCGGCGGAAGAUCGGCAGGGUGAUUUGUUGCAGAAAUCCCGAGCACAUCCCCACAUCUCCCUUCCCCGGUUCGUUGCGGCGUUCGUUGGCUAAGCUUCGUCGAGAAACAUGGACAUGUCCGGCAACUUUAGUGGAGAUGAGCUCGUACCGGAAAGCUGCCUCGACUCGGAAUGGACUGAUGAAGAUGAGGUGUUUGCAAUUCUAAAACAAUGGGAAACACGCGGCGGACGCGGCUUCGGCAAAGGUCCAACAGUAGCCACCAGCGGCAGCGGCUGGUGCAAUCCGGCCGGCAACAGUCACGGCGCCGGCAACAACCUCCUGAACCAGAGCUUCAGCAAUGAGAGCAGCGGCAACAACGGCAGCAGCAGCACUCCUGGAAAGCUAGAAUCACAGACAACUUUAGAACGCGCUUCAGAAUUUAUCAAGAAAGAGCCGUUGCUCGAUGAUAUCGACAGCGUAGAACGCGAGAAGUGGCUGCUAAAUGCAAACAGCGGCAGUCAAAAAUUCGUCGACACGGGAACGUUCACGAGACCUAAGAAACGAAUGGAGUACAACGCACUGAACAGUAGCACAUUUUCCGGGGAAAAGAAUCUUUCAGCCGCUUCCCACAAUGAGCUGACUGCCAGUGGAGGAUCACCGCUGCUUAACGUACAAAUCGGUGGCCCCGUAACGCCUUCCUCCUUGGCGACGUCCGCCCUGGCUACAUCCGCGACCGGUAACCGGCUGCUGAUGCAGCGCAGCUGGCUGAGCGAUGUGUCUCCGCCCUGCUCGAUCAUGAACUCGAUGGAGUACUCGACGAACAACGACAGGAUCGCCAACAGCCUUAUCACGAGCGGUGACUUUAGCAGCGUCGGCUGUUUGCUCAAUGCGACCGAUGAAACUGUGGUGAUGGGCACGAGCGUACCGAGCGUGGCAAAUGCCAGCUACAAUGGGUACAAUCUGUACAGUGUGAUCGAGGACCGACAGCGGCUGGAGAAUCUGUGCCUGGAUGAGGAAAGCACGCUCACGAAAGAUUGCAACAUCUCCCGCACGGAUCUGAACGCGAUCGAAAGUGUGUCGGGCGUAAGUACGAUGCAAAACUCGUACGAAAGCGGUGGCCGAACGGCACCUCCGACGGCGGCGGGUUCAUCGUGCAAGUCUUCGUUUGAGGAUGAAAGUUCGUCGGCUAUCGCGGAAGGGGCGGCGGACACAGCCGAGCUGGUGGAGGUGCGAACCGGACUGAUUGAUACGACGAUCACAACCGCGAUCGCACCGAACGAUACGUUCCUGGUACCGACGGAACUGUCGGAAACGGAAGCGGAAAGGAUACUCGCCAGUAAGCUGCUGAUGAAUGGUGGCGGAACGUACGAUAUGAGACGGCCGCGUAACUUCAGUACGUACCGCAAGCCUCGCUCGUCGUUAAAUCAAACGUUUGAAGGUGUGCCACGGAUUGAUAUGGAUGAUGAUGUGGUGCCGUGCGGAACUGACCGGGACCUAACUAUCGUACCACCGUCGAUCGGUGAGCAAACGUUCGACGGCCAGAUACCGAGUGCGGUAGGCGAUAAGAACGCGAUCAUGAACAGUACGUUUGGAAUUGUUGGUGAAGAGCAGCUCGGUGGCGUUGGCAAUGGGCAUGGAACGUUCGUGCACAAUCGUACCGUCACCAACGACGAUGUGCGAUUGCUGAAUUUCACGCACGACACAGUGGAACCGACAGCUGCAAUCACAACACCACCACCCGCAGCCGUUCCAUUCGAUCGCACCUUCAAGCGCCGACCGCGUAACGGAACGUUUACCGGUGAGGAUGACGCAAUGCGUCACCUGCCGCUUGACAGUCCGCUCCGGCCAACGGUGCUGGGAGGAGAUGGGCAAGAAGAGGAACUGGAACCGCAACACCACCACACACCAAACGGAACGUUCAGUAGUGAGCAGCAGAAGGCCGGCUCGAUGCUGGUACAGUCCACGCCAUUCCAUGGCCCGUCGGCGCGGGUGAAAGCGGCGCCGGAAAUCGACGAGCUAUCACCGAUCGGGCCCGAAACCGUCAAAAGGACUCCACCGAGUGGGUUCGGGCGUACCAUGGUACGACGCAGCCGCAAUCUAGAGCAGGACCUACGCAAUGCCGCAUACGACGAACCGGCACUGGCGGCCGAUAUCGACCUGGAAACGGAUGACUUUGACGUACAGAUCCGACGGCUACCACCACCACCACCGGGUACGGCAGCAAACGCCGGCCCAACAGACAUAUCGAAUUUCCUCGACGCGGAGAAGCGCAUCUCGCUGCAACACUUCGAGGAGUUUGAGAAAUCGAUACUGGAAAGCGAACACAGCGGGAUCGAUUUCGACGAGAUGCUCAACUCGCUCACGGCGGAUGUGCGCCGGGCGGAUGAAGCGAGCGAUAAGCUAAGACAAUCGCUGGACAACAUUAAGAAGCGCCAUUCGCGCAUCAAUCUCGAAAAGCAGCAGCAGGAUGAGAUGAAGCGAAAGUUACAUCAGCAGCAGCCAGCGACGACGACGGCGACGGCGACGCUGGCGGAAGCACAACACUGCGACAAUAAGCUGGCGGACUCGAUGCUGUCCAAGAGCGGUAGCAUGUGCUCGUCGAGUGGAAGCGAAAGACUGUUAAACCGUAGAAGUAGAUACAACGAGGACGUGCACCUAACCUUAUCACCACAGCAGCAACAACCGUCGCCCUCGCCCAACACGACGGUAGUACUGUCGAGCGGGGCAACAGUGGAAGCGCACACCGAAUCGAACGAUCUCGUUGCUACCGGUAGCGAGGUAGAAACGUACGAUCGUAAAAACAGGGAUCGCUUCAAAACGAUACGGCUGGGAAGGAAGCGUGACGAUUCGCUCGGUGCCGUGCUGCCCGAUGUGGACCAGGAGCUGGGCAUUGUUGGUCAGCCAAUGUUGAACGGUUCGGAGGAGGACAGCGGUAUUAGCAGUAGUGCCUUUAGCAGGGUAGACCAUAACACACUGACGAACGGUGGCAGACUGAUCCCAGGUAGCAACAAUCUGCCCUCGAUGAAGACUGAUCCCUCGGCGGAGGACGAUGAGAGUGUAUUCAAGAAACCGCAAGCAAUCCACACCACCACCCAGCAGCAACAGCAACGACCGUCGGGGCUGGCUCAUCCUUCUACCGGCGAAAGCCGGUUGCGCAGUACUCUCUCCAAGCCGCGCUAUUACGGUGCCGUGCCGGGCGGAAUCCAGCGCAAGGACCUUACGCUUCCGCUCGGCAGCAAGUCCAGCUCGACCGAUUGCUUGGAGCAGCGGGAACAGGACCAGCAGUACCUUCAGCAGUUGCAGCAAAAGCAACCGCUGGACAAAUCCCUCCAACAGCCUGCAUCGCGACUAGCGACCACAUCCAAGCUGGGUGGUGGCAGUGGUGGAUUGCUGGGCGCCGGCCGAUACUCCCAGUUUGGGCUGGCAAGCAAGCAACUGCAGCUGCAGCAACAGCAGCAGGCAAAUGUGUCGGCGCAUCAUCCGUCUGGCGCCGGUGCACCAGCGCUCAAGUCGCCGAUGGGCACCAAGUCCAAAUCGUACCAUAGUCUCACGUUUGCACAGGCUAACAAUAGCAGCGGCUACGGAGGAUCGAGCGGAAAUCUCUCCAAGCUGCAUGGAUCGUCCGCACUGCAGCUGAAACUGAAGCACAAUUCCAGCAACACAGAGCUGAAAAGUAACACCUCCAAGCGGUCCUCGCUGCAGCAGCAGGCAGCUUCCAACCUGCGGAAUACUGCGUCGAACGGAUAUCAGUCGCCGGGUGGCGCGGGGAUGGUGGGCCGCGCCAGCUUACCCCUGGUGCGGUCACCCGCCACGGCGCAGCCAAAUGCAGCUCGUACCGGCCUGAACAACAGCUCCACCGCAGCUGCAAUGGCUAACCAAAACGCUCUGAAUACUACUACCACUCUCUCCGGUGGUGGUGUACAGAUGCGCACUGGCAGCGGAAUGGCGAAAACGUCCCGGCUUGGCCUGAUACGCCCGUCGUCCGGCUACUUUAGCUACAACACACACCGCAAGCACCCGGACUCCGAUAACGAGUCGGUCAAUAGCCUAUCAUCCUCAUCGGCUAGCUCCCGGGGCAGCCUGUAUCGUGUAGAUAGUCAAAGCAUAGCGACCAGCGUACUGCAACCGCAACAGUACGCGAGCGCCACCCGUACCAAUAGUAUCGAGGACGUUAGCGGCGGCGCUAGUAGUACCGGUAACGGUUUGCUAACGAAACUUAAUGGCACCGGUGCAGGAAUGGGCCCAGGAGUGCUGAGCGCGUACGCCUCCAUCGAACCACCGGCACCGAAGUCCGCCGUCCCGAGUGCGCCAUCGACGACGACAGGUUUGAAGCAGCCGGCGGCGACGACCGGUGUGAAACCUUCCGGGCUGAGGCCACCGUCCGCCAUCCGGCCACCGACCGUACGCAGUGGCCUUCCGCGUCCGACGAGCUACAUCCGGCGAUAGAUACGAAUCCGGCAAAUCAGUCGCGGAGUCAGCCAUCCAGGUCAUUAGUAGCUAGAGGAAAACGGUACAAGAAGCCAUAGAGAGAAGACGACACGUUCGUGUAAAAGGCAACACAUACUCUUAAUAAUUGUUCUGUCAACUGGUAUACUGUUCUGUGUAUUUAUCCUUUACCGAUUAGGCGAGCUAGAGAGCGAGCGAGAGUAUAGCAACAACUGUGUGUUCUGCUGAAAGUAUUUCCACAUCCGUACAUCCUUACUACAUAAAUAUGUAUUAUUACGCUAAUCCUCGGUUCCCUCAUCCGCGAAUUACCGGCCUGACGUUUGUUUUUAAGAAGUAAUCUUUUUUUUUAUAUCUGUCGGUACAAUCACUCGAUCGCCCCGAGCAGAGGUAGAAGCCGGCCAUAUGUAAUGCGGACGUUUCAGUUAACAUUUCGUUUAAACCAACAAAACCUAAGUGUGUAUAUAGAGAGCUGCAACGUAGCGAAAGACGUGUUACACUGGAAGGGACAAAAAGAAACGAAAGACGAAACUGUGUUAAAGGGGGAAGGGUUACUUUCGGUUAUUUUAUUAUAGCGUGAUCGUUAACAACCCGCUUUCAAUCGUUAGACCCCGCUACGCCUUUUGAAUUCUAUCGCUAUCGAUACUGUACCACUGACUGUUUUCCUUCUUGCUUGGUCCAGCAACGCCCUCCUGUUAAUUAAGCUUAUUGUAGCUAAUAAUAUAAUACCUUCAUCAUAGCUCCAAAAACUUUCGAAGAGAAAAUCAUCGCCAAGAAGAUCGCUCGGCUACAUCGUUGACUGAUUUUAUACCUAACGUGCAAAAAUUUAAGCCGCAACCACCUAUCUGUUUGAUGUUACUUUUUCCGACUUGUUUGUGUGUUGUUCAGAGCUCCUAACUCGUUUUGCCUUACUUUUUCCUUGCUUAGUAUCCUUACGCGCUAACUAACUGUUCAGCUCAACUGGCGUGUGGCAGUGGCAGUUUGUCAAAUGAGCAUUCAAAGGAACGUUAUAAAAUUACCGAGCUAUUAAAUGCCUUUACGGAUGUGUAAUUGUUUCCUGCGCCCCCCCCCCCCCCAAAAAAAAAGGCACAUACAAAUAUGUUAAUAACACACACACUAAUUUAAAAACGAACUUACUGCUAAUACUGCUACAGCUAUAGGGCAGUGCAAAGACUCCCCUUAAACGUAAGCUACCAGCAGAUAAUAGUCCGCGCGCGUACAAAAACGGUCAGUGGAAACAUUACAAUGUUUGCAAUGUUAGUCCAGCUGGGAAAUUCCGUUGACGCGAUACGCGUGACACGAAAACCAGGUACUGAUGAAGGAGGAAUUCUUAAUGGUAAGAGAGGUUGUUUCGUAAAGCCGUAAAUGUUAAACAAGCAAAUCGAGCAAAAGCCUAUAAUAGCCUGCUUUUAAAGGCUGCUGCCGAGCGAAUAGAUGGAUUCGACCGACCGGUGGAUUACGUUAAGCCGUACUAGAGGAGCAGUAAUAGAAGAAAACUAGGGGCAAACAAAUGAUUGCGUACGAGAAGGGACCUCCCGCCCGGAAAGGAAUUGUUAUAUUUCUAAGCCCGUGUAACUGUAACGACCCUUUCCCAUUUCCCGACUGUGUAAUUGGGACAUUGAUAUACCGAAUAUUUAUACAGUAAAGCAGCACCGGUCGUGGUGAUACAAUGUA